GACCAAAUAUGACUACCAAAUACUGCCUAGUGUUGCUGCUUGGGGCGGUGCUUCUCACCACUGCCUCAGUACUGGCUGAUUACCACGAGCCUUCCAAACACGACCACAAAUCUCCAGCCCACAAGCCCCCAUCUCCUCCUAAACACAAACCUCCGACCCCACUUGAUCAUGAGGAGAAGGAGAAGCCAUCCCCGGAACACAAACCACUUCCCAAGGGUAAGGGAGAGAAGCCUCCACCGGAGCACAAGCCACCGCAUGAGCAUCACCCUGGACGCCAUUUGCUAGAGGAGUCAUCUUCCCUUGAAAAAAACUCACCGAGUUUGGAUGGAAAAGGUCCCAAGGGCAAGGGAGAGAAGCCUCCGACGGAGCACAAGCCACCACACAAGCAUCACCCUGGAAGCCAUUUGUUAGAGGAGUCGUCUUCCCUUGAAAAAAACUCACCGAGUUCGGAUGGAAAAGGUCCCAAGGGCAAAGGAGAGAAGCCUCCGCCGGAGCACAAGCCACCGCACAAGCAUCACCCUGGACGCCAUUUGCUAGAGGAGUCGUCUUCCCUUGAAAAAAACUCACCGAGUUUGGAUGGAAAAGGUCACAAGGGCAACGGAGAGAAGCCUCCACAGGAGCACAAGCCACCACACAAGCAUCACCCCGGAAGCCAUUUGCUAGAGGAGUCAUAUUCCCUUGAAAAAAACUCACCGAGUUUGGAUGGAAAAGGUCCCAAGGGCAACGGAGAGAAGCCUCCGACGGAGCACAAGCCACCACACAAGCAUCACCCCGGAAGCCAUUUGUUAGAGGAGUCAUCUUCCCUUGAAAAAAACUCACCGAGUUUGGAUGGAAAAGGUCCCAAGGGCAAGGGAGAGAAGCCUCCGACGGAGCACAAGCCACCACAUAAGCAUCACCCCGGAAGCCAUUUGUUAGAGGAGUCAUCUUCCCUUGAAAAAAACUCACCGAGUUUGGAUGGAAAAGGUCCCAAGGGCAAAGGAGAGAAGCCUCCGCCGGAGCACAAGCCACCGCACAAGCAUCACCCGGGACGCCAUUUGCUAGAGGAGUCGUCUUCCCUUGAAAAAAACUCACCGAGUUUGGAUGGAAAAGGUCCCAAGGGCAAAGGAGAGAAGCCUCCAUCGGAGCACAAGCCACCACACAAGCAUCACCCUGGACGCCAUUUGCUAGAGGAGUCGUCUUCCCUUCAAAAAAAUUCACCAAAUUUGGAUGGAAAAGGUCCCACAAGUAAGGGAGAGAAGCCACAUCCUCAUGAUCACCACCACCACCCUGGACACCCUUCAGUGGAGGAUGCCAAAGACUCCCACAAGGCACCUCGAAAGUUGAAGCCUCCAACCGCACCCGAAAAGAAGCCGCCAAGUACCUCUCACAAGCCAUCACCCCACAAGCCCCCAACCGCUAACUGCCAUUUGUUAGAGGAGUCAUCUUCCCUUGAAAAAAACUCACCGAGUUUGGAUGGAAAAGGUCCCAAGGGCAAGGGAGAGAAGCCUCCGACGGAGCACAAGCCACCACAUAAGCAUCACCCCGGAAGCCAUUUGUUAGAGGAGUCAUCUUCCCUUGAAAAAAACUCACCGAGUUUGGAUGGAAAAGGUCCCAAGGGCAAAGGAGAGAAGCCUCCGCCGGAGCACAAGCCACCGCACAAGCAUCACCCGGGACGCCAUUUGCUAGAGGAGUCGUCUUCCCUUGAAAAAAACUCACCGAGUUUGGAUGGAAAAGGUCCCAAGGGCAAAGGAGAGAAGCCUCCAUCGGAGCACAAGCCACCACACAAGCAUCACCCUGGACGCCAUUUGCUAGAGGAGUCGUCUUCCCUUCAAAAAAAUUCACCAAAUUUGGAUGGAAAAGGUCCCACAAGUAAGGGAGAGAAGCCACAUCCUCAUGAUCACCACCACCACCCUGGACACCCUUCAGUGGAGGAUGCCAAAGACUCCCACAAGGCACCUCGAAAGUUGAAGCCUCCAACCGCACCCGAAAAGAAGCCGCCAAGUCCCUCUCACAAGUCAUCACCCCACAAGCCCCCAACCGCUAACUGAGUGCAUAGCAUGUUUGUUUGGUUAUUUAUAUGCAGAAAUAAGAGUGCAGUAGUGUCGUUGCCUUUCUUGUCUGUCACUGUUCUAUCCAUGGAUGAUGGAACAGUUACUCUGUACCUGUAGUGAUCUAUGUUCAUGUUAUGUACUCUGUUUUUAGUGUUUGUACUUUGACCUGAAGCUUAUGAGCAUCCACGUGCAUUUAUGCUCUUCCUA